CUCGUCGUAUGCUCGUUAUGUUUUCUGCUUCUCUUGCCUGCGGGUGAUCGUUGUUCCAAUUUUACCUGGCAGUUCUACGGUCUUCGCAUCAGCGGUUUCAGCCUCGUUGCUUUCAAUGCAUUAACGACCCCAUCUAUAUCCCUUGAAUGUGUUUGCGACAAAUCUGCGUUUUAGUGUCUGCUGAGGUGUACACUCCACUCAACAUUGCCCUCCCGCUUCUGUCGCUCACGUGCUCUGUUGUUUCCUUGCCCUCGUCCCUCACCUUUUCGACCGGAACUGGCUGUUCUUCCGCCGAGGAACCCUUCUGAUUCGUUGCCUUCCGUUACUGCGCUAUUCCGUCUUUUCUCAUUCCGUCUAUUUUCUUUCUGAAAUAGUCUUUUGAUACAGACUUCCCAUCGCCUGCGUCGUCCGUAGCCGCCGUCAUAGGUGGAGUAUAUCGACAGCGGGACACCGCGAGGGCUUGCACUGUCUGCUCCGCCUGAGUUGCGCGUUUGAGCCACGAGAGAUGCAUUCGAAAGGAUGAAGAGGCGAAAGAGAAAAAAAGCAGAGACUCGCUUUUUUCUGCUCUCGCUGGACUGUACCCCAGCAACAGGCUGGCGAUCCAGUGUCACACUGAGAGGCGUUGGACAUCGGCAGUCAGCAGGGGCCAAAGGAGAGAGCCCCAUUGAUUAAGCGGCCGCUUUAUAGUUCGCUAUACUGAGUCUUCUGGUCGGUUAGUUGGAGUUCUCGCUGUUCUUGGUGUCAUUGUUUUCUCUGGGGACGGUAUAUUGCGAGUUGGACUGCUCGUUUAUCCCUUGAAGGGCUGGGACUUGAACUCCAGCAGGCCGGCGCCUUUCGCUUUCAGAAGAAGGAGGACUCCCUCAGCUAGAGACACACACUUUGGAAUCAUGAGGCCGUCACAGAAGCUGGCUGCUGCAGCGCAGGCGAAGCGAAGCAGCAAUCCACCAGACCAGCCUCUGCCUUGUCUCUCGGGGAAGCCGCGGUCGUCUGCGCGUCACCAGAGACGCACCAAUUCCAUGUCUCUUCUUGAAGAAAGUCUGACCCCCCCGAAGGCGUCUUCGGUUCAGCUGCUGCAUGCGUUGCCAACCAAUAUUAAAGCAAAGGCUGCGAAUCGCGUCUCGUUCGAGCAGCCGCAGCUCGCUGUGGACAAAGGCGGAAGAUCCAUUCCUCGAGACAGAACAGACAAGCUCUCUUCUUCAGCGUCGAACAGAGGAGAGCCGCGCGGUGCGGAUGACAAGCACUUUCCGUACUACGAUACCGAAAGCGAAGAUGAAAAACAGAAAGAACGCUUUCAGGAACGGAGCAUGGAGUCGGACUGGCUGGAAGAACAAAGAAAAUCUAUCACAGACCAGCAGAGGCGGUUUCAGGCUCUUGUUGAUCGGCUGCGUCUCCGAGAGGGAGAUGUUCACCUCGCACCGUCUGUGCGGAACAAUGUGCUGAGCAAGCUGCAGGAUGCGAUUCCGUCUCCGGCGUCUUUGGCGUGCUCGUCGCAAGAGAGCGGCGUCGACAUGUGGUCGCCUUCCUCGUUUUCGCACGCCUCCUCGUUUCCGUCGUCGCCGAAUGCAGCGAAGAAGGCCGAAGAUGAUCCGGCUCUCGACCCCACUUGGACGCAUGCGUCGACCCUCGUCCGGCGUCUCCAGCAGGUCCACGCGCAGCGUGAAGAGCUGGAGAGGUGGGAGAGAGAACAGCGCAGGUUGCAGCAGGAGCAGCGGCGGGAGUUCCUCGAGAAGCAGCGUGACCGAGAGAAAAAGGAGUGGGAAGAGCAGAUGGCCCGGCAAAUUGCGGCUAACAAAGAAGUUCAGAAGGAGCUGGAUGAGCGCCUGAAGCGUACCAAGACGAAAGGCGACGUUGCCUCGCCUUCGCCGCAGACUCAGAUCAAGAAACUGUUGAGUGAGAAGCCUCCCGACGCACUUAUCGGUCUCGUAAAGGAGGCGCAGGCGAAAGGCGAAGAGAUGUUUCCCGCGGUGCCUCCCAGAGAUCAGAAGACGCGCAGAGACGUCAAAGGCGCCAAGCGUGUUGUCCAGCCCCAUCCUGGCAUCACCCUGCAUGUUCAGUCGCUCCAGAUUUGCUGGUGGAGACCGGACAGCUCAACGAGGCAGAGAAGGCCACGACGAGAGGGAGCACAGGAAGGCAAUUCCCCAGAAAAGAACGAAGCCCGGGACACUUCGCCAGGUCCUGAAGAUGAGGACGGAGAGGCCUCCGCCCGCUCCUCGUCGGACUCUUCGUCUUCGGACGAAGACGUCGGAGCCAGUGGUGGAGACGCGGCCGCAGCAGUCUGCCGGAGGCAAGGAGACGAGAGCGGCAGCAAGCGAUGUCUGAAACCGCCCGCAACAGUGGUUCCAGGCGCAGUCAACUACUGUUUAGUCGCAAGGUAUGCCGAAGAAGACGAAAGCGGAGUCGCCGAUGUCCCGGUGUUCACCACAGCGUGGUACUCGGCGCGUGUCGCUCUCAGUCAGCCCAAGAAGAAGGACGAGCAGCGAGGAGCGGGGGCGGGGAAAGGAAGAGGCGGCGCGGACGCGAAAGGUCAGCGAGGCUUUGCUGGAAGGGAUCCGGCAAAACAGGGUGAGCAACGCGAAGUCGAGGCAACCAGCCAGACUGGAGGACAGCUGGCUCUCGGUCGAAGAGCGACAGUCGCUGCAGCGUAUUUGGGGAAGGCUCUGGGUCAGCAGGCCGGGAAGGCAGGCGAGGAGAAAGCGGCGGAAGCCAGAAAAGAAGGUGGAGACGCUAAGGAGGAAGACGAGUCGCAGGCGCCGCGAAAACCCGUCCUCACGGUCGUUAAAGAGGCCUGCGUCAUAAAUGCAGACAUCACGCUUCCUCAGCUGACGACUCUGCAGGCGAUGCGGGUCAACGAAAACUGUCUGGUGCUCCAGAUUUGGCGAUACGAAAAACAGCUGCGAAGCGGAGGCAAGAGGGUGGAGUCGAGAAGUACCGGGCCCGCAACGGAGGACCCAGGAGGCCCUGGCUUGGAAAAGAAAAGAAGAGGAAGGCCUGAAGUCGAACACUCGGCGCCCUCGCGGUACAGACACCACGUCGAAGAAGUGGGACGCGUCCGGGUUCUCUUGGAGGACCCGAGAGUCUAUGACAAAUCCCAGAGUGUCUUCACAAUUACUCCAGUCCAGGUUCUGAAGGUCGCACACAACGCGCAAUUUCGAUUCGGCCAGGCAUCUGUCGGGCUCUCAGCCGCUGCGAAGGGUUUCACAGGCGCGGAAUGCAAGCUUCCAUCUGGACGCCACGUCCACUCCAAGCGCCUCUCUCUCGCUGCGACAGCAAUCACUUCAUCCGGGACCCUAUACGCAUUCAUCACCAGCACCACGAGGAAGGCUGCCCCGUUGACGAGCGCAUCGAGGACCCAAGAAAUGCGGGGUGGGAGACAGGGUAGACACGCUCUUAGAGACACACAGGAUCCAGGGCUGAGAAAAGAAAUGUUGCAGUGGAAAUACGUGGAUGAUUUCAAGGUUCUUCAAGGGCCCUUCUCGAGUCAGCAAAUGCUGGACUGGAUACGAGCAGGCUACUUCGAGGAAGAUGCACCGAUCUGCCCAGCUGAUGAAACUUGUCGUCUCCAGCCGCUUCGCCUGGUCGUGGGGAAGAUUCGGCAAGAUGCGGAAGAGUUUCGGCGCAAGAGCCACGCCUUUGAUUCGAGCAAGGUAGAGAAGGGCAACGAGAAUUCUCCAGGCUCGAGACGGGGCUCCCCCCUCUCAUAUGAGCGACCAGCGGCGCCUAGCCCUGAGGGCCGAAGGCGUGAAGAGGAUCGGAAAAAGGGAGGCGAUAAAAGGCUGCAUAAAUCCCCAAAUGCCGGCGACAAGCCGGAAAAUGCAAGUCGGAAUGGGACCUCCUUUGCGAUAACGGUCACGACGACGGCAGACUCCGAACCGGCGCGAACGCCGGUGUCGUCGGGAAAGCAAAGUCCGAAAUGUUCGGCGCCAGCAACAUCUGGAGAAGGCAAACGCGAGCUCGACGAAAAGGUGCAACCGACGGGGCUGCCGCGGGGGAAGGGAGCCGAAGUGCAAAGCGUCAUGAAACUGCUGGAAGAGGCCACCAACUGUUUAUCCCGGAUUUCCUCCCAUCGAAUGUCGAACUACCUCCGUUACACAGUAGCCGACCGGGCAGCCGAGUUGCCCCCGAUGCAAGUCGCAUCGUCAGUCGAAACUCCUCCUACCAUGAGAAACUCACUAGUGUUUUCCCCGGGAGGCGCCGUGCCUGCAAUGCCGGAAUCCUCUCGCUGGGACGCGCACGCAAAUCCCGCGAACGGACGGUACGGUAGUCCUGUUAGUCAGCAGCGGCACUCACAAAUUCGGGGGAAAAUGCAAGCGCUGGAGCAAAUGUUUGGACGGAGCGCUCUUAGAGAAGCCUGCGCGGUGUACAUACAGGCCGCAGUUCGUGGCUGGCUGCAGCGCCUCCGGCUGUGGCGAACUUACCAGGCCGAAGUGGCGGCCGCCACUGCAGCUCUGGCGGAAUGGGAAGCGCAGCAAGUAGGCAGUGGCUCCAUUUCGCAUGCGCACGUGUCAUGUCCGGGACUCUCCGCGAAUCUCACGCCAUUUCCUGACCGUAACGAACGGCAGUUUCCGACCUACGGGUCUCCGCGUCCAGCAGACAGCAGAGAUCUAUGCACGGCUCCGCCACAACCGGGGGUGUACAACUCAGAAGGCAUAUGGGGUCGAGGCACGUCGUUGUCUCACGGGGCCGACGCAGGCACUUCAACAGGUUACACUAACGCGUGGCCUUCGUUUUCCCCCCAGCCGCUAGCUGCGCCCUCGACUGUAGCCAUGGACGUGCAUCCCUACACAGGCUGGAGUAGCAAUACUCUGGCCGCCUGCGCAGGUUCUCCCCUCGAAUCAGGUUCUCACGCUGGUAGCUGGAGGACGCAGACGGGGCACCCUGAGGGGUAUGGGGCUUUUGGAAGGAACCACGACACAAGUGCCGGGGUGGGGGAAUGGGGACAGAGUGUCUCUCAAGGCGGGUCCUUCCUGUCGUACACGCAACUGGCGGCCGAACGCGGUAUCGGACCCUCUUACGGAGAUGCAUUUCAUCUCCCAUAGAACACCUACGGGACGUGAAAGGGUGGCAUGGUUGCUGUGUGGCACAUGUACAUUUGUUUUUCGGCUGGAGCAUCCUUUGCUGCUUUCAAGUGUGCGCCAGUGUUUCCCGUUCAAAACAAAGUAGAGGGACCUUGUAGAAGCUAUCUAGCUUUCUUGAACUUCUCAAAUUGCAUCGAAGAAACGACCGCUCUAAAACGCUUGUCAUGCGAAGUUACCGCUUUCCCUAGCCACUGUACUAGCAGGCAGCCAGAAGCUCCGAAAAUGAAGGCGCUGUGCGGCCUCUUAUUUGUGCUUGUGUUGCCACUGUAUUCUUUGUCGUUUUCUCGUGAGUGCGGCUUUCUCCUUUUUACCACCAAUGCAGAGUCAAGCACGCCUCUGCCUUGCCCUCCGUCAGGAUCAUAUCAUAAAUGCGUAGCCAAAUGAAGCCGAAUACAAAGUCCUCCGCCUCGUGACUCUUCGGAGGCGGAGAGAACAGAUGCGAUAAAGAUUCGGGCGUUGCAAAUGGACGGGUGUACGGUAAUAUGAGAUCGCAGAAAGAAGCAAGGCAACUGAAAAACAUGAAACGGAAAGGAUGAAAGGAAAGCUGAGUGCAACAUAGAUGAGGUACAAAAACAAAUACAGAUCCAACCAGUGAGCUGCGAGGGUG